AUGAUCAUCCUGUGGUGGAUAGGAUUCUCAUUGGCUUAUGCACACCAUAUCGAGAAAUCCUUUUUCAUGCGUAAUGAAAACAGUCCCGGCCAGAAGCAGUGUGGAUUCCACUUUUUGCCUACGGUGACCAACGAAAAAGGGCCAGCGUUCAUUUCAAUGGGAGGAAGACUGGUGGAACCAAAUGAAUAUCCGUUUGCGGUUCACAUCGAUACUGAUCUUCAGAGUUGUACUGGUGUACUAAUAUCAAAACGCUAUGUCCUGACAGCGGCCCACUGUCUAGUAGGAGCGAAGAAUGAAGCACAAGAGAUACGGAUGUGUGGACUAGGACCUUGGAAUGCACGCAGAGUCGAUAAGUAUGUUUUGAAACCAGCGGAGUUGAGUAUUUAUCCCGGAUCCAGAUGCCCUAAUCCAGAAUCUUGCACACCGUACAGAACUAAGCACAAUAUUCGUUUGGUGAAUCCUCAUCCAGAAUAUAAUAUCUGCAAUGGCGAGAACGAUAUAGCACUAAUUGAACUCGAGGAAGAUGUCUCGGAGAAGGACGCAGUUCCAAUUUGUGUACCAGACGAGAACGAAAUGCUUUCCGGUCUUUUAUCUGCUAUUGGAUAUGGAGAUAAUCCAUAUGCCAAAGAUCCGGAGAAGCCAGCAUUAAGGGUAGUGGAUUUUGAGAAUUACAUAGAAGACAACGGUAAAAUUAUUACCAUCGAUCGAGCAAGGAGUAUUUGUCCUGGUGACAGUGGCGGUCCACUCUUUAAAAAAAAUAAAGACGGCUUAACACUUGUUGGAAUCGCUUUUGCCAUAACACCAGAAUGUUCUAAAUAUAACAGAGUGAGAAAAGGCUACUACACUGACGUGCGAAAACAUCUUUAUUGGAUCUGCGAAUAUUCAGGUGUUUGCUACGGCAUCGGCAAGUGGAAAACUAAAUUCAGUAGAGACGACGGGACUAAUUUCGGAGAACAGCACGACACCGAUAUCUCCUAA